AUGGCGACUACGAACGCCGAGGCAAAGGAUUAUCUCAAUGGCCUUUUAAACAAGAGCCUUCGUGUCACAACGACUGACAAGCGAAUGUUCCUCGGCGAGUUCAAAUGCACAGAUUCGGAUCGCAAUAUGAUCCUCGCACGUACCUACGAAUACCGCCUACCCUCAGAAUCGUCCCUUCCACAAACUUCCGGUACUGGCUCGGUCACGUUGGAAAUGACAUCCCGCUAUCUGGGUCUGGUCGUUGUGCCGGGCGAGCAUAUCACGAAGGUCGAGCUCGAACAAUUCGCGUCGCAGAUGAAAUCCACGGGGUCGUGGUCGGGCAAUAUGCUGAAAUCGCAGACUGGAACUACUACAACAACGGCGUCAGAAGCCGUAUAG